UUUUUUAAGUAAGCUAUCAAAUAAAGGUAAUUUUCGAGAAUAUUUUCACUAAACAAGGCAUCAAGUUGUCUGACCUCCCCUCCUUUGAACCAAACCAAACAAACUACUUCCUCCAACCAAACACAAAUUUUUAUCAAAAAUUCUCCCUUCCCCUCCCUGUGCCCUCCUUGACUCUCCCCUUCCCUUCCUUCCCCUCCUUUGAACCGAACAAAGCCUCAAGCUGUCUAGCCCGCUCUAUAUAUAAAUAGAAACAGAUAUCGUUCCAUCAGUUUAAACACACUCCAUCUCAAAACUAACACUAUGGAAUUACCGCAUCAUUUUCCUAUGUUCCAUGUUUGGCUUCUUGUUUUGGCAAUGCUGUGGGUGUGUUGUUGCAGUUCAAGCAGUGGGGGGGGCAAAUGCAAACUCGUACUUAGCAGUAAAUUGCCGGAAACACACGUUUAGCUUGACGGAAUUCGGAGGUGUCGGCGACGGAAAGACCCUAAACACGGCGGCAUUUGGCAAGGCUACAGCUCAGCUCAGCCAGUAUGCUUCUGACGGUGGUUCCCUGCUCAUUGUUCCCGCCGGGGAAUGGCUGACUGGCCCAUUCAAUUUGACCAGUAAUUUCACCCUUUAUCUCGACAAAGGUGCUGUUAUUUUGGCCUCUCAGAAUGUAAAAGAUUAUCAACUCAUCGCCGCAUUGCCAUCUUACGGAAGGGGUAGAGAUGCUCCGGGAGGCAGGUUUAUAAGCCUCAUCUUUGGAACUAACCUCACCGAUGUUGUCAUUACCGGUGAAAAUGGAGUGAUAGACGGUCAAGGACAGCUAUGGUGGAAGAUGUUUCAGAACAAUGAGUUGAAGAAUACAAGGCCUUAUCUCAUUGAGAUUAUGCAUUCUAAUCACAUCCAAUUAUCAAAUCUCAAAUUAGUGAAUUCUCCAUCAUGGAAUGUUCAUCCCGUUUACAGCAGUGACAUUAUAAUUGAACAUUUGACAAUUUCUGCCCCCGUGGAUUCCCCGAACACUGAUGGAAUUAAUCCAGAUUCUUGCUCAAACGUGAGAAUAUGGGACAACUGCAUUCAAUCGGGGGACGAUUGUGUGGCAAUCAAGAGCGGUUGGGACGAAUACGGGGUCAAAGUCAACAUGCCAUCCCGCCAUAUCUCCAUUAAAAGACUCACCUGCGUUUCCCCCACCAGCGCCACCGUCGCCGUCGGCAGCGAAAUGUCCGGCGGGGUAGAGGACGUCCGGGCGGAAGACAUCACGGCCAUCAAUACCCAGUCGGGAAUAAGGGUCAAGACCUCCCCCGGCAGAGGAGGCUACGUGAAAGACAUCUACCUCAGGAACGCCACGUUCCUCGAGUGGAUGAAGUACGUGUUCUGGGUGACGGCGGAAUACGGCGACCACCCUGAUGAUGGUUUUAACCCCAACGCUAUCCCGAAGGUAACGGGGCUGAGCUUCACCAAUAUCAUGGCUCAGAACGUGACGUACGCCGGCAAGCUUGUUGGGCCGGAGGCCGCCCCUUUCGCCGACAUUUGCAUAUCUAACGCCACCAUUGCUAUGCAUAUAGACGACGGCAAAAAACAUAAGAAUAAAAAAGAACCCUGGAAUUGUACGGAUAUCGCCGGUAAAUGGAGCUUUGUCACUCCCCAGCCGUGUAGCCGGCUUGUAAAAAUGCCCAGUCUUGAGUGCGGAUUUCCCAGUGACAGACUUCCUAUCGAGAAUGUUCAACUCCAGAGUUGUCCUCUCUCCGGCAUAAAAUAAGCUGGCCUCUGAUCUCCUCUCCAGAACUACAUACUAUAUAUACUUUCUCCAUUCCUAAACUUCAACUAAGCUUACUUGGGAUGUUUUAUGCGUUCUGCUCUAAACUUUGUUUCUUUACUUGACAUUAUCCAAUUGUGC